AACACUCAGGUGUAAAGGACCCACAAACUUAACCUUUCCUUUUUGUAUUUUCUCGAGAAAUUUCUCUCUCCUUACCCCUUGUCUCUCUCCCUCUCUACACGCUCCCCUCUCUCACCGGCUUUAAUUUGAAAAUUCUCUCUUCAUUUCCAUCUCUGUAUAUUUAGGCGCAUUCCGUGCAUUUAUUGCCUUUUAUCUUUCAAUAGAGGGUUUCCCCCCCCUUAUCUCUGGAUCUCUUUUAAAGGGCUACUCGGAUCUUGAAUGGUCUCUUUAGUGGGGUUUCGAUUGCAACCAAACUGUGCCAAGAUCGAGGAGCCAUAAAUUGUCAAUACGCUGAAAGAAUUAAGUGAAGGAGAUAAAGGAGAGAACAAGAUUUGGUGGUAAGACUAAGAGUUUCUUGUCAGUGGAAGUGUUGACCAUACUACCAUGGCAUCAAGCAAUCUGUUUUUUGAUGACAUCCGAAAUAAACCUGAGGUUAUUGAUCCUCCUCAAAAUGAAGACUUGACAGAUAUUGGUGAAAGUGUAAAUGAUCCUGCUCAGACAGCUCUAAAACCUAACGUGACUGUGUCUAGCAGUGUUCGUGAAUUACUGGAGUGUCCUGUGUGCUUAAAUGCCAUGUAUCCUCCAAUUCACCAGUGUUCAAAUGGCCACACAUUAUGUUCUGGUUGCAAGCCCAGGGUUCAAAACCGAUGCCCCACUUGCAGGCACGAACUCGGCAACAUUAGAUGUCUUGCACUAGAGAAAGUUGCUGCAUCUCUUGAACUUCCAUGUAAAUAUCAGAGUUUUGGGUGCAUAGGCAUAUACCCUUAUUACAGCAAGCUAAAACAUGAAUCCCAAUGUGUUUUUAGACCAUAUAACUGCCCAUAUGCUGGAUCAGAAUGCACAGUUAUUGGUGAUAUUCCUUAUCUGGUGGCCCAUUUGAAAGAUGAUCACAAAGUUGACAUGCAUAAUGGCAGUACUUUCAAUCACAGAUAUGUCAAAUCAAAUCCACACGAAGUUGAGAAUGCAACAUGGAUGCUGACGGUCUUUAGCUGCUUUGGUCAGUAUUUUUGUCUACAUUUUGAAGCAUUCCAGCUUGGGAUGGCCCCGGUCUACAUAGCAUUCCUACGGUUUAUGGGGGAUGACAAUGAGGCAAAGAACUAUAGUUACAGUCUUGAAGUGGGUGGUGGUGGGAGGAAGAUGAUAUGGCAAGGGGUACCAAGGAGCAUAAGGGACAGCCACCGAAAGGUUCGAGACAGUUUUGAUGGUCUGAUCAUUCAACGCAACAUGGCCCUUUUCUUCUCUGGUGGGGAUAGGAAGGAAUUGAAGCUUAGGGUGACUGGUCGAAUUUGGAAAGAACAGUGACAGGAUAUCCAAUUUCUGUCACAACUUUCAAUUUUAGUUAACCUUCACACCUAGUGACUGGUUUCUUCUUGUAGUCCCAUGAUCUUCUGCUCAUGUACUGUUUUGAAUUGUAGGAGGCAAACUCUCUUUGCUUGUCUAGCCAUCAAUACAUGAGUGGGAGGCACGACUCUUGUCCCUGCAAUUAUAAUAUUUAUCUAUGUAGAUUUAGAUGUGCCACAUUGCUCGCACGGACAAUUAAUGAAUGAUUGCAUUGCUAGUA